AUGGUCGUGGGGCGCCUCAUAUGUUGGGGAGUCAUUGUGGAACAGUUGCUCCACGCCUUCUCCGGCGGCGAGGUGCGCGAGGUGCGGCACGCCUUCAACGUGGCGCGCCUCGACCGGGGGCUGCCCGACGCCGAGGUGCCCGGCUUCUCGGACGUGGCGGCGGCACUGGCCGACGACUUCCGCCGCUUGGCGGCGCUGCUGCUGCGCGCGCUCGCCACGGGCCUCGUGCGCCUGCCGAAGCGCACGCGGGUUGCAGCGCGACGUGUGCGUGUUGCAGGGCUGCAGGGCGACUACUUCCUGCGCUCGCACGCGCGCAUGAUGCAGUCGGGCAACGCCACGUGCAUGCGCACGCUCUACUACCCGCCGCUGGGCGCGGAGCCCACGGCGGGGCUGACGCGCUGCGGCGAGCACGCCGACUACGGCACCUUCACGCUGCUGGCGCAAGACUGCGAGGGCGGCCUCGAGGUGCAGCUGCCUAACCGCCGCUGGGGCCGCGUGGGCCAUCUCCCUGGCGCCAUCCUCGUCAAUGCGGGCGAGCUACUAGAGACGUGGACUGGAGGCAACUACGCCGCUCUGCGCCACCGGGUCGUCGUGCCGGAGCAGGAAGGCGCGCGCUGCCGCGGCCGCCACAGCGUCGCCUUCUUCGUGCACCCCGACGACGACACGCCCGUCGCGCCUCUGGCGCUCGCCCCGGCCGAGGCCGAGGCGCAGACGCAGGCGCAGGCGAGCGGCGUCGCGACGCCUCCGGGCCGCGGCCUGGCACGCCUCAUGUCGGCGCCCGCCGGCAAGCCCUCGCCCAAGCACAGCCCCAUCUACACGGCGUACCAGCACCUGCAAAUGCGCCUCCGCGAGACGUACGCGUCAUAGAGGGCGCUGCGCUGCGCUGCCCUGCGCUGCGCUGGGCUGGGGAAACAAUUGAGCGUGAUCGUUCAUCAUUGUGCUUUUGCGAUUCGCCAUCAUCGUCCAUAUUUUUUUAAUGACUCCCCAACUGAAGAUUUGUGUAGAAAAUCAUUUGGUUCUGAACAAAAUCUUCACCUUUUAUGAAACUAAAAUAUGAAUAGUUAAUGAAAUUUCAUUGAUUCUUUCUAUUUAAACGGGCAGUAUAAAAAAUUGUUGAAUAAAGACGGAAAUGACAAGAAUCAAGCCAAUUCAGUAGUCUCGCAUCAACUAUAAAUCAGGAAGCAAGUUACUCAUUCUGAUUCUCCAACUCAGUAUUCCAUCAUAAAAUCAAAUAAUUCAAUGUUAUAUAAACAUGUACAAACAUGGAAUUUAGCUGAAACCUGAAGAUGGUGCUGGGCCCAUCAAAGUCUAAACAUUACAUACCAACUUAUCAUUAUCAAGAUCUGUUUUACUGCAAUUUCCUGUAAAUGAUAUAUUGUAGAUACAUAUUUUAUUUUUAUUUAAUGUACUGAUUCAUAAUGAUCAUUGCUGGAAUUUGAACAUUGUUAAGAGUAAUCUCUCUUGUAAGACCUUGAAGUUCUUAAUGAAUAUGAUGCAAACAGUGAAGGUAAUGAAAGCAGCUCUCAACUGUGAAAAAGCAGUUAUGUAAAUAAAAAUAUUUUAAAUAAA